GCAGCUCUCACUCUCAGCUCCCAUUGAGCAGCAGUUGGACUCACUCAGACCUACUGGAAGUGUUGUUGUUGUUUAUUGUUGUUUUUCGUGCAGGAUCCUGACACUGUGCAGAUCCAGACGAUCUCUUAUGACUACACAGGCGGUAUUCAGACAGACCUGCAGACAGACAGACAUGUUGCCAAAGACGCGUCUGGGAAAGCGCUCUCCUUUCGGGGCGCUGGUGAGCUCCGCCUGCCCCGCAGCAGGCACACAUGCAGGCCAGGAGACAGGUGAGACCAGCAUCGCCAUGGCAACAGUGGGAGGAGAGCAUCCCAUCAGCAGAGUCAAAGGUCACCUGGAAUGAAGGUGUAUUUUCAGUGCAGUGGAGGAGGUGAAUCUGCAGGUGUCGUGGAUCAGGGGGACCUCAUGCAGAGGGAUGUUUCGGUGCCUCCAUUCUGCAGCAGAUCUGUCUCCUCCUGCAUCGACGUCCCCAGAAGUCAGAGGAGUCCGGAGGAGGUGGAUAUGGACGCACUGAUGGCAGCGAUGGUCCUCAGUAGUUUGUCCUGCAGCCCUCUUCUGCACAGCCCCGUCUACCAAGACACAUCAGCUCCUCCAAUGGAUUGUGGAGGCGGCGAUCUCUCUGACGGCGGCAGCAGCGGCUACUUGAGCAUCGGCCACAGCAACGGAAGCCCCGCCCCCUCUCCACCAAUCGCAGCCGGCGGGAGCCCAGCCACGCCCACUGAUGAAGGACUGGACAUGGAGCUGGAGCAGGUUCUGUUUGAUGAGCCGGCGCCCCGUAAACGCAGGAACUCGGUGAAGUCGGCGUACAGGUGUCUGUGGCCGAGCUGCGGAAAGGUGCUGACGUCAGUGGUGGGAAUAAAACGUCACAUCCGGACAACACACCUGUGCCGUGGUGGGGAACACGAGCGGUGUUCCCGCAGUGAGGAGGAUUUUUACUACACCGAGAUCAACCAAUGGGAUCAGCAGCCGCAGCAGCAGCAGUCUCCGCCCCUUCCUCUCCACUGUAGCCCCGCCCCUGCCUCACCUACAUCCUCGUCCUCCUCACCUCCAAGCCCUCCUCCUUCCUCUCCUCAAUCACCGCCCUCUCCAGUCUGCAGCGCUCUGAGUCGCUCCGCCCCCUCCGCCUCUGGCAGCAUCUGGCAGGUCAAAUCAGAGCACUCCUACCAGGCUCCACCUCCGAGUCGUGUGAUGUCGGCAGCAACAGCAGUUUCAAACACGGCCACCUGCACUUUGACGGCCACGCCCACCACUUGCCUCCAACAGGGUUUGACGUUUCGAGUGCGUUCUGUCAGUGUAGGGGAGCAGUGGCUGCAGCAGCACAGCGCCCCCAGCAGGAGAAUCCGCGGUGAAGCCAAGAAGUGUCGCAAAGUGUACGGCAUCGAGCACAGAGACCAGUGGUGUACGUCCUGCCGCUGGAAGAAAGCCUGCCAACGCUUCCUGGACUGAGCGUGAGGAAGAAAGGCAGGAAGAGGGAAGAGGAAGAGGAAGACUGAAGCGGGCUGUGGACUUCAGCAUCACGCGGUGGAUGUUUUAUACUUUCUUACAGCAGACAUAUUUUUUGUUUCCAUUUUUAUACACUUUAUAAAAUGUCUAGAAGUGUCUUUUUUUAUGUGGCAUGUGUCUCCUGAAUGUAUUUUGUAGACGUCGUGUCCUGUCAGUGCAGCUAUUAUGACCCAGCAAAGGGAGGUUUUUUUUUUUUCUUUUCUUUUUUUGCGUCCGGCUGACUUCAGCAAAACUAGCCAGCUGUGUCACGAUCCAAACGGUCUCCAGUUUACCGAAAAUCUGAUUUAUGGAUUGCAGGUUAUUUUUUGGGGGGUUCUAAAAACGUUCCUACAGUUAAACGGUUUAGAGGAGAACAAAGUGAGGUAAACUCUAUACUGCAUGUAAGAAGUGUGCACAGUCUCACGAGUUUGGAAACAACAGUUUUUGCAGCCAUUUUUUUUACAACUCCAGCUUGCGUUUUCGGAGCCAGAAGCGACCGAAUUUAAAGUCUUAGAGGGUGAAGUUGUCAAAAUUGUGUAAACUUUGGUGCUUUCUUGAUACCACAUGUUUGAAAAUGAAACAAUCUCUGUUUUUUAAUGAGUAUGAGUGAUAGUAUUGAAAAGUACUGACGCUUUAAGAACAACACGUCCGUCUCAUACAGAGAAACGAGUCAGUUGCAGAUACACUCCUGCACACUUGUUUUUCUUUAUUGCACAAAAAAGUUGGCAACGUUUCUGCACUGGAGAAGCGGGGUACCAAUGUGCUUGAAGAGUGGAAGGCUUGAAGAGGUCUCAAAGCUACAGCAACACUUGUAGCAUUAAGAUAAACUUUAUUAGACUAUUUUGGUUUUGGCCUUCAUGGCGGGAUGACCUCGAUAAAGGCAACAAGCCGAAAUGCGUUGGUGUUAUAAAGUUGACAACUUCUCUGUACUGAAACAUUGACGAUGCAUUAGUGCAGUUUAGACAGUGUGCAGGGAAUUCUGUUUCUGUUGCCGUGGUAUCAAAACAAGUAUCGAUACCGUUUGAUUAUUACUAGGAACAUAUCAACGUUUAAAUUCAGAUUUUGUGACGACCUCAUGAGAGGGUGGGGACUACAGGAGUGAGGGGGUCAGCAAAUGGAAACUGUAUCAGCUUACCAUAAAACUUCAAUUAAAUAUCCCGGGCUUUCAUUUACCUCCUGCCUUUAUUUGGGACAGGCGUCAAAACAAGAUCUUUGAAUAUUUCCAACAGAACUUGUGCACGGCAAAGAUUGACAAAGAAGAUCUGCAAACUAAUCACCAUUAAAUACAAAGAGGCCUUUAACAGCAACACCAGGCUAUUAAAAGGGACUGAGCCUCAAAUUGGGAUGCGCUUUUAUUUGAAGUUUUACGGUACACUACUUUGGUAAAUGAUGCAAAAAUUCAGAGGACCUUCGGCUGGCUUGAACAAUAAUUGAAUAAAGACCCAGCUUGUUCCUCCGAGUGUCUUCAGGUGCAUCCACACGCUGAGCCAAAUAUCUUCAGGUCACUGUGGGAGCAACUUGAAAAACAUGCAAGUAAGCCAUGCUCUAAAGUUGACCCUGCUGUAUCGUCCAUUUGACCCUAAACGGGAUCAUAAUUUAGGAAAUGAAUGUCGUCAUCAUGCUGCGUCGAUAAAGACUUGAAACUAAAGACUGAACUCAUAAAGUCAUCAGAAAAUGGUUUCACUUUCUCAUAGACUUCUGUACAAGUGGACCCGCUUCUGGAGCCAGUGGAGUCGCCCCCUGCUGGUUGUUAGACAGAAUGCAGAUUUAAGGCGCCUCUACAUACAGCGGUGUUGUAGUACUCGAAAUAGUUUUGGUCUCAAGACCACUUUUUGAAGUCUCGUCUCGGGAUGGAAAGCAUUUUGACUAGGUCUGGUGUCGGUCUCAGAUUUGGCGGACUAUGGAUUUUGAAUCAAGACCACCACUGAUUGGCUAUUUUUCCACGUCAUUACUGUAAUUAAAAGGAAAAAAACCUCUUUCGAAACCAAAAAUUAACUUACUUCAUUCAUUAUUUGAUUUUGUUUUUUCCUCCGGUUAUGGGCGUAACCUUCCCGGUGUCACGUUCUAAGUGAGUGACGCGCCCCCUGCACACAAGAUGAAGAUUUUUCAGAGAUAUUUAUGGUCUUGGUCUUGGUCUUGACUCUGUCUCGACC